AUGAGAAGUAAUAUUGGUGAAACAUCAUAUGUAUCGACUCAAUAUUCAUCUAUAAGGUAUCAGUUAUUAACUUUGAUUAUAAGGAAAGUGUUUUCAGAAGAGACGAUGGUUUAUGAUGGGUCUCCUUUGGUUUUUUAUGAUGAUAUACGUGGGCUGAAUUUGGUUAUGGGAUUUAAACUUUAUGAUGAACACGCUAGAGGUAAUGAAAGACGUUAUUGUUUAACCUUUACCAUUGAUUCAGACGACCAUCAAUCUUCGAUGAAAUUACUAGCUAAUAAUUGGAAUUUUAUCAAGUGUGGCUUCGAGAAAUUCAUUGCAUAUAUACGACAGACUUACGAGAGUGAGAAUGAAAAAAGAGAGAUAUCAAAUAGAGAUAAUGAUAAUUUGACGCCAUUAGUUGGUACUUAUUUAAGAGCAAAUAAAGUUAAGAUAUCAAGAAAUUUGGUGGAAUUGAUAAAAGAUGAUAUGUUGUUUUUAAGACUACAUAGAUGGAAUGCAUACCUUUUAAAUGGCAUUUUGAACAAUAAUGAUUGA